AUGGCCAUGGCUCUAAUCAACAAGCUCCAAUUGAGAGCUUUGGUCUUAUUCAUUUGCCUGUUUGUCUCUGCACUUGGACAGAACCUGCUAAGUUGUGAUACUACAUCUCCAGAUGCUUCUGGUUACCAGUGCAAUGGAAAUUCAUCACAAUAUCAGUGCAGCACAUAUGCAAUUCUGCGUGCCAAUUCCUACUACUCGUCUCUUUUCAAUCUGAGCUUUUACUUGGGCAUCAGCCGUUUUGUGAUUGCAGCAGCAAAUGGGUUUUCUGCAGAGACAGAGUACCUUCCAAAAGACCAGCCUUUCUUGAUUCCAAUUGACUGCAAAUGCAAAGGUGGUUUCUCACAGGCUGAAUUAACAAAAACUACCAUAAAGGGAGAGAGCUUUUAUGGCAUUGCUGAAUCGCUGGAGGGCUUGACAACCUGCAAAGCCAUCCAAGAGAAGAACCCUGGAGUCUCACCAUGGUUGCUUGGUGAUAAAGUUAAGUUGCUGAUCCCACUCAGAUGUGUCUGUCCUUCAUCUGAAACAAAUCCGAAGACAAGAUUUUUGCUGUCUUAUCCUGUAAGUGAAGGUGAUACAAUUUCUAAGUUGGCCUUCAAGUUUAAUGCUACCCCAGAAGGCAUUAUACGUGCAAAUAACAAAUCAUUGCACAACUUCAGACCAGAAGGCCUAAUACCUCUUACGUCUCUUCUUAUUCCGAUCGACCGCGAGCCGAUCGUUGGUCCUCUUGCAAAACCUCGACAACCCAAUUUACAUUUUCCGGCAACCAGCAUCCCUGUAAUUAGUCCUCACAAGAAAAAGUCCAAAAUGAGGAGGAUCGGUUUAUAUAUUGCAAUUAGCGGGGUUGCAGCUGGAGUGAGCAUUGCUAUUGCAGCAGCCUUUGUGGUGAUCAUACUGAAGAAGAAGAAGAAACAAAAUCCCAGCAAGGGAAUAGAUGUGGAGUUACAGCAGCUUAGUCUCAGUGUGAGAACAACAAGUGACAAGAAAGUGUCGUUUGAGGGAUCUCAGGAUACUCUCGAUGGUCAAAUCAUGGAUGCUACACCCCGAAAGAUGCUGGUUGAGACGUAUACUGUUGAGGAGCUGAGAAGAGCAACAGAGGACUUCAAUUCAAGUAAUCACAUCGAGGGAUCUGUGUAUCAUGGUCGUCUCAAUGGGAAGAACCUGGCAAUAAAGCGCACGCAGCCAGAAACAAUCUCAAAGAUUGAGCUUGCGCUUUUCCAUGAUGCAAUUCACAAUCAUCCCAACAUACUUAGGCUUCUUGGGACAUGUUUGACAGAGAAUCCUGAUUCAUUUUUGGUGUUUGAGUAUGCCAAAAAUGGGUCCUUGAAAGAUUGGCUUCAUGGUGGGUUGGCCAUGAAGAACCAAUUCAUUGCCUCUUGCUAUUGUUUCUUGACAUGGGCUCAACGGCUGAGGAUCUGUCUUGAUGUAGCCAUGGCCUUACACUACAUGCACCACGUAAUGAACCCGAGCCAUGUUCAUAGAAAUGUGAAGAGUCGGAACAUCUUCUUAGACGAAGAUUUCAAUGCAAAAAUCGGGAAUUUUGGCAUGGCAAGAUGCAAUAUUGAAGAUGAUACAGGGGAUCCACGGUUUUAUUCAAGCAAUCCUGCCUCAUGGAGUCUGGGGUAUAUGGCUCCUGAAUAUGUUCGCCAAGGUGUUGUUUCCCCAAGCAUUGAUAUUUUCGCGUAUGGAGUUGUUUUGCUGGAGGUUUUAUCAGGUCAAACGCCAAUAACCAAGCCAAAUGACAACGGAGAAGGGAGUGUUUGGCUUUCUGAGAAAAUCAAGUCCAUAUUGCAGUCAGAAGAUGCAGAUGAGCUAAGGGAAUGGAUGGACAGUGCUUUGGGCGACAACUAUUCAUUUGAUGCAGCUGUCACAUUGGCCAAUCUUGCAAGAGCUUGUGUAGAGGAAGACCCUUCAUUGAGACCAAGUGCCGGAGAAGCUGUUGAGAAAUUAUCAAGAUUGGUGCAAGAAUUACCAGAAGCAGAGGAUGUGUUAAUGUGUGAAAGCUCUUCCAAGCCUUUAGUGAAGGCAUCAGCAAACAGUCUGUGAAUAGUCAACAGGAUUCCAAACAAAUUAAAAACCAGUUUUUGUUCUACUUCUAGUGUUGUUUAAAUUAUUUUAA